AAAAAGUUGUAUUUAAUUUAUCAGUAGACAUAAUACUUAUCAUUUUAGUGGGAACUGCUAAAAAGGCAUAAUGACUCUUGCCACCAUAACGAUUCUUCUGCUGGUGGGUUUGCUCACAGCCGAGUGUUUUACAGUCGACAAGAACUGGUUCAAUGAAAACUCGGUCGUUUACACCGGUGAGAAUGAGAUCACGAAGAUAUCUGUCCCAAUGAUAUUUAACUCCAUGAAAAAUGAUGGCAGUUUUGACCUCUACGUCUUCUUUAUAGAAGCACAGAAGGGGCUGUACGUGUUAAAGAAUCAGAAAGUCACUAAGCUUUUCGCAAACGGGGCAGAUGUCGCCGAAUCUUCGAAUGGCACCGUCUACUUGGCAGCAACAGACGGCAUUUACACCUUCAACGCUGAAAAGAAUACAGCAGAGAAGUACGGAUCUUUGACAGACAACGUCAUCAGCAUUGCAGUGGCUAAUGGGACACAGGAAAUCUACAUCAUAACUAAAGAUAAAGUCCUCUUUAAAGUCACUGAUGAAGGCAACAGUAAAGUAGAAAUUACUGAAGUUAAAGACGCGGUUGAUAUGGUGUUCGAUUUGUUCAGCAACCUGUAUUUUGUCGACACCAAAAAGCAGGUAUUUGUCAGAAGCCAUGAUGGCAAUGUGACUAAAGUGACGGGGUUGCCAGAGAAUCCUUCAGUUGUAAAGUUGUUCAGAGGUAAAAGUUAUGCAGCACCUAUUUUUGUUGACGACAAAGUGUACGUAGUUAAUUUCGAUGGAACCACUGAGUUCCAUAAUACGACCUUCUCUAUUUCACCUACUGCUGUAUCUUUUGAGACCUGUUUGUUCCACUUAGCACGCAACAAGAAAAUAUACAAGUACGGGCUAUGUGGCUAAUAAAAAGUUACAGCAAUUAGUUUCAUUGUUAUUUAAUUUAUAUUAAUAACAUUUAUACAACGUGCUCCUUUUGUUUUCCGGAAAAUUUAGGGGUGUAUUCUAU